UGUUCCUUACCUCUUUCUCUUCCUCUUCAAACACCAAAUAAAUAUAUCUGUGUUUUUUUAUUUGUCACAAAACUCCAAAAAAGGUGAGGAAAACAGGGUUUUUUUUCUCGUUCUUUCAGUUAAGCUCCCCUGUUUUUCCCCCCAACAUUUUUGUUGUGGAUAAAAAACAUGUCGUUAAGUGUCUGUCACGAGUUGCAAUCAUGCAUGGACCUACGGCACAUUGAAUCACGUUUUAUGAGCCUGAAAUUGGCUCCACCGAAAACCAAUUUCCCAUCCUCAUCCAUUGCUUCGACGGAGCCGAAACCUAUGCCGUAUACCGGAGUAAAAGAUGCCAUUGACGACUGCAAGCCGAUAGGCAAUCGAAAUGUCGACGCGAGCUGCUGGAGUUUCCUCCAGUCGCUCGCCGCCGACGAUUCUAAUUCUACUCCGAGUGACAAAGUUUACGUUCACCCUCUCGUGAAGCGUUCGACUUCUAUGCUGACCGAAAGGAGUCUUGAAAUGUGCACAGAGAGCUUAGGCAGCGAGACCGGAAGUGAAGUUAGCGAGAGCAUAGACGACAUUUCCCUGCUUUCAUUAGAAAACGUUGUUUACAAUUCGAAACCGAGAGAGAGUCCAAGGAGAAUAAAAGCGAGCCGAGUCAACAGCUUUCCGCCUCCGUUGACGUCCAUCAGCGGAUCAAAUGGUGUCAAAGUCAAGUCUCACAGAGAGGGCGGCCGUUUAGUUCUUGAAGCCGUUACCAUCCCUCCUUGCAAUAGCUACUUCCAUACAGAACGAAGCGAGGGAAGGCUUAGGCUUUCCCUUUUCAAGGACGUCGAUGCCAACACAAUGUUCGAAGACAACGCCGUCGAAGAGAAAGACCAAGAGGAGGUCAUAGAAAAAUACGAUGAACACAACAACAACGAACGAGCACGAAAAUGAUGAAGUUAAAGAUGAAGAAAUGGUGAUGGGGGAGGUGACUAUAUGGGAGGAGAUGGUGGGAGUGUUGGGCUCAAAAUCCGGAACCGAGGUGAAGAAAGUGGGCGUAGGCACAAAGGGUUGUUUAAUUGUCAGCC